CUACCGACGCCGGCGAAAAAAAAUGUUGCAGACUCCGGCGUUCAUGACGCAGUACCCAUGGUCGACGAGGACAGUGCCGUCGUCCUUCCUCAUGUCAUCGCAGCCUCCCGCUCAAACCCACACUCCGGAACAGCUUCUCGCCAUGGAAGAGGACGUUUACGAGGAGCAGGUAACAACACUGCCCCUGCUGGCCUCGAACCCUAGUCGUGAUAAAAUGUCGAUAUCGCCGUUGAAUGAGAUCCAGAAGACUAACAGCAACUUGAUCGUGAUUGGGAAGACAACGGUCGACAAUGAUAAAGAUGAGGAUGAUAAUGAUCCGGAUGAUGACGAUGCUGACAAUGCAGACGAAUCUGAAGGCGAAGAGUUUGAGCAAGAAACUGGUUGAGGAAGCAGGCAAGAAAACCGACAAUACACCGUACCUUUGUUCCACCUUUUCUUUUUGUGUGCUUAAUAAUGUCAGCAGCGUAUUAAGUUCAGAUGGUGAAUUUUUGAAUGAACAAGUUGUUUCUGCGCUUUAGAGAGUUGGAAGGAAGAUGAAGUUUGUGUAGACGAGUUGCCAGUGAUGGCUGCCAGUUGCUUUAUCUUGUAAUCUUUGCUCGAUACAUUUGGUUCGCAGUUUUCAUUCCAUACCGACCUCUAUUACCAUCUGCGAAUUCGAUAAGUAUUCGACGAAAAAACAC